AUGAUUUUAACUUUUAUUUUUCUGUUCCAUUCUAUUCUUCCUUCUGUCCUUUUUAUUCCUUUUUCUUCACCCCACCCCAACCUUUUUCAAUGUUCAUCUUGUUCAUUAUCUCUUUCUUUGUCGUUCUCUUCUUUUCGUCUCUUUCUUUAUUUUUCCGCCUCCUUACUAAUUUUCUUUCUUCUUUUUUUAACCUUACCAUCUUUCAUUUUUACUGCCUUUUCUCGAUUUUCUUUCUUUAUUUCACGAUAUUUUCUCUCUCCAUUAUUUGAUAUUUAUUCUUUUCUUCCUUUUCCAUCUUACCUUUUAUUAUCUCUUUCUCUCUUUUUUUCAUUUUUUUUUAUUUUUAUGUUUCCUUUGUUUUACUAUUUUUUUUUUAAUUUUAUUCCUUUUUUUCUUUUUUUCUUUCACCAUUUUCACUUUCACAUUUUCUUUCUUUUUCAUUUUUUUUUUCUUUAA